AAGUAAUGCUAUUUAUUCCACAUUGAAAAUGAUUAUCGUGUCAUGUUACAAAUUAUAAGAUUAGUAAAGUAAGUCAUCAAAUUUUUUGACAGGAAUGAUCUCCAGGCUAGAACUUAUCGUUCCAUAUCAACAAGUCAAAUCAUCUUCGCUAACGUGACAUUUUAUCUUGUUCACCAUGGAAAAGAGCACAAUUUUGUCAUAAUCGAUAGGAAUAAUUAGCAUUAUUCUGAAAAAUAAGAUACAUAACAAUUUUCAAUUAGGUAUUCUCAACUUGCUAUCAAUAUUUAUUCGAUAAAUAGUUAGUUUCUUAACCUUUCAAUUAAUGUGAUUUUUUGGGUCAUCAAUCUUUCAACAAGAGAUUCUGGUCCCUAGCCUAUUUUAACAUAAACAUCCUACAUACAUCAACAAUUUUCUUGAUUUAAAUUCACACAUUUAAAUAAAUUGAAAAUUUAAAGUUAAAAGACCUAAAACUACUCUAGUUGAAAGAUGGAGAGCUCAUUUCUAUUUCUUCUUAUUUAUUUUCCAAUCCCACUAGCGAAAAUUUUUAAUUGGAAAUGAUUAUUUUCAACCACUAAACUUUAACCACAGGACAGGAUAAGGCUGCAUGUGGAGCCUGGAGGUACAAAGCCAUAUUUGCGGGGUUAAUCUUGGGUAACAACCCCUGGACCAGGUUGUCAAAGGGGCUUUAGCCUUUUUUGCGUGCUCAGUGUGUUAUAAUUUCGUGGCUCUAUCACGUCCGUACGCAUCAUCAACUAUGUACGACAAGAAUAAUCCAAUGGUACCAAUGGAUAUGCCGCUUCACCAAAUCACAUACUGCUUUCUUUUUUUCAUGUUCCAAAGUUUCCUUGUAUCAGAUAAUAUAUUCAGCUUUUAUUUAAAUUUUUAGGAAUAUUCGUUUUUAAUUCCUGGGAAUUUUAUUAUUUUAUAAGCACCAACUUUAUUUUAAUAAUCAAAGAUAAUCACUAGUCUCCGUAUGGUGAAGUUUCAACUCCAUUUUCAGAAAGAAACUCGUAUUCUUGUUAUAAAAGCAAGCAGUUUCCUUAUCUGAAAACUGAAAAAGAGGGAGAAAGGAUAUGUUCGAUUUUAUGAGAAUGAAGAGAGUCACUGACCCGUUAGAUGAUAAAGUGAAGGCACGGAUCUUCGGCUGCAGCAGCAGUGGGAGCGAACACAGUGCUCAAGCUGACGACGACGUUUCACCUGAUCUUUUCUUCGGUUUUAGUAUUGAUAAUACUGUCGGAGAUUAUUCAUCUGUAAAGAAGAGUAACAAUGAUCUGGAUUCUGAUGAACGUGAUUCAUCAACGUAUGAUUCUGCUAAUGGAGAUUUGAUUGAACGAAUUCUCAAAGAUCGGACGGAUUCGUUUAAGAAUAUGCUUCUGGCUCAUGUUUUAAAAGCUUUGCAAGUGUUUUCGUGUGUGAGAUCGAACAAACAGAUUUUCCGGCGGAACGUUAUGGCGUUUUUGAGGCAGUACGGACACAAUGCGGCAAUAUGCAAGACGAAAUGGGAGAGCUCCGGUGGACUAACAGCUGGAAAUUACGAGUUCAUCGACGUUAUUCGACAAGACUCAACUCGGUAUUUCAUAGAUCUAGAUUUUGCUUCCGAGUUCAAAAUAGCAAGGCCGACGAAUUUUUACGAGCAUCUACUGCAAUUCAUACCGACAUUUUUCGUCGGUCAGGACGAAGAAUUGAAGCAGAUUUUGAAGAUAAUGAGCGACGCCGUAAAAAGAUCGUUGAAAUGCAGAGAACUCACUCUACCGCCUUGGCGAAAGCACCGUUUUUUGCAGAACAAGUGGUUUGGUCCGUACCGUCGCACGGUGAAUCUCUUCCCUUAUACGUUGCCGUCUAACCAGAGUUACGGCGUCAAGUGUCAAGCCGUCGGUUUUGACGCCGCCAUUAACGGCGGAGGUCUGCUGUUUCCCUCGACAGCCCGUACAAGAGGAUGCAAUUGAAAUAAAAUAUUUUUCGAAUAAUUUUUGAAUUUUAUGUACGAUAUCAUUUUCUUGUGCAUGCGGAAACUGCACGUCGUGUAUCUGACGGCGCAAGUAGGUAAUCGUGCAAGAACCGUUGGAUUGAUUUUAAUCAGACGGGCUCGUUAGUUUCUGGAGAAAAGAGAGGGAACGCCAUAUUAUCCAAUACUUAUUUUUAAAAUUUUUUUUUUUUUUUUUUUAAAGUAGAAUAUUUCUAUCCAUGGCCAAAGGUGCUUGCUCACUCAUCUAGCUGAAAUUAUAAGUUCAGUUGAAGUUGAGGCCAUGCUUGAUUGACAAAUUUUUUCUGGAUUCCAUUUUCACACUUUC